AUGACAACCCGACCUUCUAAUUCCGGAACAGCGACACCUCAUGAAGGCUUCUCGACCGAGCAAUACUUCGAAACGCAACCUCCACCUCCAGAUCUUGACGCUCGCAUACAGCCAGCUCGAGAUUUCGUAGAGCGAUGGAACCGGGUGGAGGGGAAGAAGGUUGUUGUGGUGACGAGUGGAGGGACGACGGUGCCGCUCGAAGCCAAUACGGUGAGAUUCCUCGACAACUUCUCAGCGGGAACAAGAGGUUCUACAUCCGCAGAAUAUCUUCUCUCCGCUGGUUACGCCGUCAUCUUUCUUCAUCGCCAACACUCGCUCAAGCCCUUCUCCCGGCAUUACUCUCACUCGCUUAACCCAUUCCUGGAUCUACUGAAUUUGCCAGAGCCCGGAGCGUCUCGACAGGACAUAUCAGUCACCAACCAAGAUGCCAACCACCUCCUGCCCGUCCUCAAAGCGUACAAAGAAGCACAAACAGCGGGAACUUUGUUGCAGAUGGAUUUCAACACUGUGAACGACUACCUGUGGAUAUUGAGGGAGAUGGCCGGAGUUAUGGGAGUCUUGGGUAGACGGGGCAUGUUUUACCUAGCUGCUGCAGUCAGCGAUUUCUUCCUCCCUCUUGACCGAAUGGCGGAGCACAAAAUCCAAAGUGUCAAAGGUAACCUUGUGCUGGAGAUGGAUCAGGUUCCGAAGGUUCUUAGACCUCUGGUGCAGGAAUGGUUGCCCGAGGCAUAUAUCGUCUCCUUCAAGCUCGAGACGGAGCAAGCCCUGCUGAUCCCCAAGGCGCAGAAGGCUCUCACCCGAUACGGUCACCAAGCGGUCGUCGCCAACGAUCUGCACAAGAGGAAGCAUGAAGUUUGUCUAGUGGAAAAGACACCCAGAUCCGGUCAAGAGGCAGACAGUACCAGCGAGUUCACAGAGACGUGGUUGAAACUGGAGCAGCUAGCCAACCGAAAGACGUCGAGUGGCAGCACGCCCGAGAUCGAAGAACUCAUCAUUGACGAGCUAUUGAAACGGCACGAGGUCUGGUUGAAAGGAUAAGAUCAGCGGGUCAGGCGCGAAAAACGGCGAUCAGAGCCAUAGUCAUAAAGUCGAUCAGAAACUCGGGAAAUUGUAUCACACAAGAUGGCCAGUUGCAUACAACCUCAGCAGCAUAGCAUUACUGUCAGCUAUGGCCUGGACGAACACCUCACAAAAAGUUGGAUAUAUAUUUCUCUCCUUCG